UCGAAUCACAAUAAAAAUAAGACAACUGUUUGCAAUUGUUCUUUUUGCGGUACCUCACAUGCUGAUGAAGAAGCAUUAACGCAACACAUGCGGAAAAUACAUUUUAGUAAACUUCAUUCUCGUACAUGGCAGUGCCGUCAAUGCAAUGAAAUAUUCACCGACCGAAAAAGCUUAAGACUGCACAAAUUUUCUGAGCACGAUUACGAGCGACCCCACGAAUGCAGUAUCUGCGGUAAAGCUUUUGCUCUAGCAAGGACACUAGAACUCCACAGUCGUUAUCAUACAGGAGAAGGCCUAUUUCAAUGCGAGAAAUGUGACAAAAAGUUCAACUUUUUAAGGGUUCUAAAACAGCAUCAAGGCACACACGAGGAAGGCAAGUUUCCAUGUAAUGACUGUGGUGUCAUCUUCAGGGUUAGCAAAUCUCUGCAGAAUCACGCUUGCAAAGCUAGAAUAAGCGCAGACUCAGCAGGAGAUUCGAGUAGCAAAAAACCUGACAAAAGGUCAAACGAAUGUGAUCAACGCGGUAUGGUAUUUAAUUCGAAGGCAAAUCUAAGAGGUCAUUAUGUCAUCCACAUCGGAAAACGUUCACACAAGUGUAACAUUUGUGGAAAGGCUUUCUUAAGACCAACAACGCUUAAAUAUCACCUUCGUUUGCAUGGCGACAAAAUACAUAAAUGUCACCUCUGUGACAAAAAAUAUAGCGUUCUAAACUAUUUGAAUCGGCAUCUGAUGGAUCAUCAGAGGGAAAAGCAUAAAUGUGAUUGCUGCGGCAAAGAAUUUAUUCUGAUGGAAAGUUUGCAGAAACAUUCUCGACAAUGCACUGGUCCCGAAAGUGCACCUCAGGAGAAGACUUUUAAAUGUGAUCAAUGCUGUAAAGUGUUUGCCAAUAAAUGGAACUUGAAACUUCAUAAUAAAUCAUACGCGCACACAAAAAUCAAACGACCGGCAAGCAGUCCACUACUACCAUGCGCUAAAUGUGAUAUGGCUUUCGAGAGCAAAUGGAAACUGAAAGUCCAUUAUUACUCGCACACCGGUGGAGUUCCUUACAAGUGCGAAACAUGCGGGAAGUCAUUUACAAGUAAUUUAUCGCUCAAAAAUCAUUCGCUGUUGCAUAGCGAACACUUGCUGAAAUGUGAAUUUUGCGACGAAAAAUUCACCAUGCUUAGAGAGUUUGAGUGUCAUCGAAUGAGUCAUCCAGAGAGUGCUGUAACUGGAAAAGAAACCAAAAGUUUAAAAAACCACGGUGUAUUUUAUACUAACCAAAGACCCCACAAGUGUAAUGUUUGUGGCAAAUCUUACAUCCGGCUAGUACACCUUAACCAUCACAUGCGAAUUCAUACGGGUGAUUUGUUCAAAUGUGAUCGAUGCGGCACGAAAUUCGCUACAAACAGUAGUAAGAACAAACAUUUAGAUAUUCACCAAGUUUACGAUCUCACUUUGCAACCCGAAACGCAUACUGAUGAUGGUGUGUACAGGUGCGAUAUUUGCUAUAGAGAAUUCGUAAAACUACGCUCAUGGCAGCGGCAUUAUUCUUUUCACAAAGAGAGCCAAGUUCAAUGCGAGCUUUGCGAUCAAACCUUUGCUGGUCGAUUUUCCUUGCUGGAGCACACGGUGCGAAUGCAUCGAGACACGGGUUCCGAUCACACAGCUAAUCUGGGAAGCCUACCACCGGACUCCACAUUUGCUACAUCACCAUCAACAGUAGAAACAAGCCAAAAAAAUGAACUCAACAAUCUGCCGAAGAUUGAAGCGUCAGUUGUUGAACCCGAAGCACCUGAAUUAGUGUUUAAAAUAGAGUUUGAAGAGCCCACUUGUGCUGAUAUUGAUUCAUCGCAAUAAUUCAACACCUAAAAGAAGAGGAUUACAGCAUAAAUCAAAUUGACAUAGUAU